AGCUGAAAUCCCGCACUCAGAUCUCGCGAUACUCCGCACACACUCAGUCGGAAAUGGAGGCUGAGCUACGUAGCUAGCCUAAAACAACAAACUGCAAGGUCGCAAUUGAAGAGCUAUCUCACUAGAAACGAAGCAUGAGGUUUUGGCUGACCAAAAAACAUUUGGAUUCCAGAGGCAACUGACUGGACCAUGGAAAACAUCAUCACAAUCGAUGAGAACUCAGAUGAGUACCAUCGUCAGUCAGAGGCGAGAGAUUUGAAUGUUAAGCCAUGCCACUCGCAUGUUACAAAGUCAUGGGGCUUCAGGCAGUCAACCAUUGCGAGAAGAGAAUUCCUCGAAGAAGUUGGAGAACUGGCCCACUGUUCUGCACUUGCAAGGAGACCAAGAGGUCGGCGGUCCAAUAGAACUGAAAACAACACAGCCGACGACCCAGAUGCAACACAAGGCACAUUUCAGAAUAUAAUCAAUGACCUUGAGUGGUCUGCUCCUUCAUCACCUGCCUCAGAUGAUGGCCAGCCUGCCCCUUUGGCGUCUACUGGAGGAGGAGGAGGAGGAGGCCUGGACUCCCUCAUGUGGCAGGAUUUUGGGUCUGCUUUUGACACAGCGUUUUCCCUACUUGGUGGUAGUGACGGCUUGGAUAUGUCUGACGUAUUGGCUGGCUCCAACAAUUUCCAAGCAAAUGACUUCAUCGAGCCUCAUCCCCCCCAAGCUGCUUGUGAUCCUGAAGUGGUCAACGCUAGCGAUGACAUUCCUGACCCCAUUGUUCUUGACGAUGUGACCGACCAGGAAGUUGACAAUAUAUUGUCCGUCUAUAGUCAGGCAGAGGACAGUGAUGAAAUGACUCUGAUGGCCAUUAAAGAGCGAAUAACACGGGCAGACAGUCCUAAACCCGCAAGAGGGAGAGGAGGAAAAGGUGGACGUGGAAGGGCUAAAGGCAAGGGCAGAGGUCGAGGGCGAGGAAGAGGUAGGGCCAGAGGGAGGGGCAAGCCAGCAGGAAUGCAGCCUAUUAUUUUAGAUGACAGCGAUGACGAUGAGCCAAAUAAUAUAGUAGAUAAGCCAAACCAGGAGGAGAACAAUAGUACCCCUGUGUCCCCGGAGCGAUCACCUGCACUCUCUCCGAGCGAGUCCAAAAUAACAAAGCAAGACUGCAUCAUCAUAGACACAGACUCAGACCCGGUGGAAGAAUCAAACACAGGACAGUUUGAUCAUGCUCCAGAAGAAGCGGAUCAGAAGCCUCUCAACGAUGAUGGGAACUUGGCAGACAGUUCAAUUGUAGCGGCGACUGACAGUUUCGACUGCGUCUGUCGUGAAAAACGCGGCGAGAGGUUCACAAUCUGCUGCGAUUCCUGCCAGAAGUGCCUUCAUGGGGAGUGUGUGGGUAUCACUGCCGCCCAGAGUCAAAUCAUGAAGAGCGAAGGCAAAGAUUACUUGUGCACUUCUUGCACCAUCAAGACGCAGAACCAGGCUCCAUCGUUCUCUCAGCCACAACUUGAAUCACACCUUGGCACAUCUUCACCCAACGAUUCAGAACAACUGCUGGCGCCGCUGCAGUCCACUGUGGAAUGCACAGGUGUGGAAAAGAAGGAGGAGAGUCCUGGUGAAACUGUGAAAUCUGGUUUACAAGAGGAGGUCGAGCAUGACGACUCGCGUCCUCGCUGUAUCGGGCCCGAGUGCCUGAAGUCGGCACUGGCUGAUUCUGUUUACUGUGGUAGUGAUUGCAUUCUAAAACAUGCAGCUUUCGCUAUGAAAUCACUCUCGGGACCAAAAGUUCCCAAAGCCAGAGGGCGGCCCAAGAGGAAGGCAGAGAUCAAGCCCCCUGUUCCGGGCCAGAAAUCAGGUAGGACCUCACAGAGGUUGGCAAAGAUAGCAGUCAAGGAGUUGAAGAAUGAAGAAGCAGAGGAGCAGGAGGCUGCAACCUCAGUCUGUGACCGCUCUCUCACAGACGCUCAGGCCACUGCCAUACCAUCAUCUCAGUUUUACACAGCGUGCGAUGCAAGUGACCAAGAGUCACCGCCCGAGACUGAACCUCCAAACUCCCCCAAACAAACACCAGAGGACAAUUCUACUGAUUCUGCCGAGCCUGCUGGUCAACCAGUUCAGACAACCACCGACCCACAGAGGGAAUCCAAAAAGCCAGUGGAAGACGUAAAUCAAGAUCCCGCAGCGCCAGAACCAAAGUGUCAACCUGCUCCAUCGUCAGACUCCUCAGCCACCAAACGUCAUGAAAGCGGCGCCGUCCUCAUCAGCAAGACGUCAUAUGUGAUACCGAAAAAGCCGGCAGCUCCCCCACCUUCGACCCACGCCGCGCCCAGUUCUGCAUCACAGCAGAAGCCAACAUCAGGAGUGCUCUUGAAUGAGGCCCGGAAUUUGUUGGUGCCCCCUGCCCCCAGCGCUCCCUCCUCCAGACCCUCCCAGCCCAAUACUCAGGUCAGACAGAGCAUCCAAAAGACCCUCUCCGGCAUCCUGGUCAAGAGGGUUUGCGACUGUGAAGAUUUGCACAUUUCCGAGAACGACGCGGCCAAACUUGUGGCCAACAUCGAGUCUGAGAUGUUUGACAUAUUCCGCAACACGGACAGCAAGUACAUGAACAAAUACCGGACCAUCAUGUUCAACCUUAAGGACCCGAGGAACAGGGGCUUGCUUUACCGACUCGUACGAGGAGAGAUAAGUCCCUUCAGGCUGGUCAGAAUGAGUCAGAAGGACAUGCAGGCCAUGAAGGAACCGGAACCCCAAAGCACCGCGGAGACAAGAGAACCACAUUCUUCCGUCGCCAAGGUGGAUUUGUCCUGUCUAAAUUCCACCAAACCCAACAAACGACCAGGAAUGGAGCAGAAGAAGAAGCCUCCCGCGUCCGAUGUGAAGAACAGAUUUGUCGACUCCAGCAAGAAUGUGGGGUCGCCAGAUCUUCUCACCUGCAUGCUGAAAGACACGACAUCCGAGCACAAGGCUCACCUCUUUGACUUGAAAUGCAAGAUAUGCACCGGACAACUAGUACCCGGGGAUGAGGAGGAGCCGGUGAAGAAAAAGGCAAAGAUAUCGGAAACUAAAGAGCCACAUUAUUCUCGUCGUCCCUUGUCUGCUCGGGGUGACUCCCCUCUCCGGGCUCCCCCCGACUCGCCCGACAUGGAUUCUCCACCCCUCACCAUCGUGGAACAUCCAUCCCGCUUGGUUAUCGACUCGCCGACUUUGACUAUCAUUGAAUCGCCUGCCUCCCCUGUGCUGGAGUCUCCCGCCUCCCCCGUGUUGGAAUCCCCUGCCUCUCCCCUCCUGGAGUCUCCCGCAUCCCCAAGUGCCGACUGUAAUCCCGUCCAGCACAGAGCGUACGCACCGGUUGUAAUCCCAUCGUUCUCCACUGUGAGCGCCACGCAGCGUGACCCUCGCACGGCGGCGGCCAGACAAAUUCCUCCAUCUAUAGACCCGACUCCAACCUCAGUCUUUAUCCCGCCAACCUCUCGCCCUCCUCUCAAAGAGGCUCCGCGCGCACCAUCAGCGCCGUCACAACAGACUCCCAAACUGAUGCCAAAAUCCAUUUUAAUGAAGCCGUCCACACUGACGGAUCCAAGGUUUUACGCCACCCCGUCAAGGAAUGUGUUAUCUGAGUCGCCAGCAGAUGGCGACACUUCCCAGUUUCUUGCCAAGCAAGAGGUGCUGUGGAAAGGCUUUAUCAACAUGCUCACCGUCACCAAGUUUGUCACCAAGGGAUAUUUGGUUUCAGGCUCUGCCGAGCCUUUAAAAAUGGAUUUGCCCGACACCAUUCAAAUUGGUGGGAGAAUCAUGCCUCAAACGGUGUGGGACUACGUUGCAAAAUUAAAGACCUCUUUGACCAAGGAGUUGUGCGUGAUCCGAUUUCACCCUGGAACAGAGGAGGAAGCGGUGGCCUACGUGUCCCUGUUUUCAUAUUUCAGCAGCAGGGGUCGUUUUGGUGUGGUUUCCAACAGUGGAAACUCGGUGAAAGACAUCUACCUGGUACCACUCAGUGCAAAGGAAUCAAUCCCAUCCAUGCUUCAACCUUUGGAAGGACCAGGGCUUGAAAAGAACAGACCUAACCUUCUCCUGGGUUUGGCAAUUGUCCAGAAAUUGAAGCCAAACCCAGCACAGGAAGUUGAGGAGAAAAGACCAAACGUUUCGAUCUCUCGAGAUGAUAUGUGGAUCCCAAAACCUCCAAUCUUGUACGGCUCUGACAAAAUAGACGUUUUCAAACCAAGCGCUGGCAGCCUGGGGUCCUCUACAGAUACGGUACCGACCCCGUCUGUCAUGCCGUCGGAUACCACGCAAUCUGUUUCCCUGAUGGCUGGCACCUCGAGUAGUGCAGACACAGCCGGGAAGUCUGUCUUGAACACUUUGCUGAGAAACAAACCUGCCGACUCGCUUCCCCCCACCGAUCCCCGUACGACAAUAAGCGCCAAGAUUCCGGCCUCCGGUGCGUCCACUUCAAUGUUCGACCCCAUCGUUCAGCAAUAUAAAGCAAAAUCCAAAGGCAAGGAGGCAGAAGAAGGCAAGGAUGACUUUGAGCGACCUUACGAUCCAGAGGAAGAAUACGACCCUGCAAUGGGUUACGUAAAGGAGAAAUCUCAAAGUGUUGAUCGAAGUCAGCUAAGUGAACCGCAUCCGGCAGACGACGACGUGGCUUACGAUCCAGAGGACGAGACUUUGUUUAAAACUGUCGCAAACCCUCUAACCUCAAACCUUACCCGUUCAACUCCAGCCUCACACAACACCGAGGCAGGUGCCGUCAAGUCCGCCCCAGCACCCCCUUCAGUUCAACCUGCGGCGGUCGAAAACCUUUCAACAGAUACAGUUGUUGUAUCUGCCGCAACGCUAACAGAGCAACAGCGGAUGCUCGAAGAACUAAAUAGACAGAUCGAACAGCAGAAACGCCAGUUGAAGGAGCAGGAGGAGGCACUGCGUCAACAAAGAGAGGCUGUAGGAAUGUUCAUGGCACAGUUCACGGCCUCAGAAUCGGUAAAGUCCUCUUCAGCUCAGUCUCUAGCCCUCAGUCAACUGUCUUGUCAACAAGGCGGCGGUAAACUGGAAUCGUCAAGCAAUGAUAGCAGCCAAACAGGGAAAACAGAUUCACAAAUGAAUAAAGGAGAUUCUGUUCCAGAAGAAGAUGAAGUUCUGGAAGGUGCAAACGAAGGUGACAAGUAUUCUUCCGCUGGAGAGAUUGACGAUUCCGAUGUAGCUUACGAUCCGGAAGACGAAACGCUUCUCAGUGAGAUCCAGGAACAGGUAUUUCAAGAUGAAUCUUUUAAAAGCCGGGAUUCCUCCUUGUCGAGAACAAAGAGCAACAGUCCGACACGCCACCGAAAACGAAGGUCCUCUCCAAAGAAGCGCAGUCACCGCCCCUCAAAACGAUCCCAGUGUCGAUCUUCUUCGGAGCACAGGAAACGUAGAGAAAGGUCAGGCCACAGGAAAGGGGAAAGAGACAGGUCCAAGCAUAGAACGAGAGACCAGCACCAUCGCAAAGACCGUUCGACACGCCACCGCUCACGUGGACGUGGAAAAUCUCCGUCUCCCAGAAUACAAAUAGAGACUUCCUUCGUUGAUCCUCCUCAGCACUCAGAACUUUGCUCCGUUGAAGUUCACCUUGGCGAUGAUGAUAAAUCAUCACAAAUGUCGUUGACCAUUAAGAACGAACCUGACCAAAUCGCCCCAGCGCAGGUGACCAAUCCGUGUCCGAGAGAUACGUUUGUACACGACAAACUAGAAAGUUCUAUUCCUCUGAGAGAAAUUGACCCUCCCACGCGUGAUUCUCCUCAGAGUCCAGAUCCUGAACCACAGUUCACAAACCCUUUCAGCAUGGAAAAGCUUGUGGAAGUUGGACAUCCCGAGAUUCAACCCGGUUCAUCCACGACUCAAGUAAACGCUAACAUUAAACCUGACAUAGAUAAAGCGGCGUUCGCUGAGCCAUGGGUAGACGCUAAAGUCGGAAAGAACAGACCUCAGUGUGACACUGGAGCUUCAGAAAUCACUGGAGAAUCGAUUACAAUUAAAGAAGAGAGAGUCACAGAUCCUGAUGAAAGACCUAAAAUCGGCAAUCAUGCAGGACAAGUUGCGUCUUCACAUUUUAUGAAUCAGAAUCGCAGAGAUUUUGCUUCAAGUAAUGCAAGUCCUGAAGUGAGAGAUAGACAGCGGGACGGAAAUGGAAAUCCAGACUUCAAUGUUCCCGGUUUAAAUCCGAGGGAGGAUUUCAGAUGCCGUCCAAGUGGAGGAACUGAACCGUCAAAACAGGAAUGGAGAGAAUUUCCUUGUGAUUGGAGCACUCCCAAUACUGGAAUUCAGGGCAAAAGGAGUCACAACGGAAGGGAUUUUGGACUCACUAGGCAUGAGGCAAAAGUACCACGCUUUCAAGAGCCAGUGGGAUACAACGAAACGCAGAGGGAUUUUCGAGGAACUGUUCCAGAGAUUCCAAAUUGUCCUAUUUCUAAGGACGUCAGAAGUCCAACCUCUGAGGGCUCGAGACAACUGAAAAUGGGGUUUAGACCGGACUCAGAUUCACAAAGCAGAAUAUGUGAAGACCCCGUGUACAAUAUGGCUGAACCCAGCGGAAGGGAAUCCAACACGGAGCGUCCCGAAGGUGUUUGUUUUGGACAUGAGUCUGAACUAAGAAUCUUUGACGAAUUCAAAGGACCCGUGCCAGGAAAAAGGGUGCAUCCAGAUUUUAGAGAUCUACGGCCUGAGAAAAGAGGACGUCCAAAUUCUGGAGGACCCGAGUUUUGGAAAAGACCAGAUUCCGAUUUUACUGAAUCAGGAUUUGUGGAAAGAAGCCAUCCAGACUGUGCAGAACCUGGCAGCUGUAGAAGAGGAGAUGAGAAUUGUAGAGGGCCAGGCCCAUGGAAUGGAGGUGGCCCAAAUAUUCAACAGCCAGACAUUCAAUGUCAGGAAGGUACAGAUUUUAGAGGUCACGGUUCAGUAAAUAGAGAAGGGCCACGUUUUAGAGGCCCAGGACUUAGGAAUAGGGAAGGUCCCGAUAUUCAACAGCCAGGUGUUCGAGAUCGGGAUCGUAUUGACUUUAGAGGUCCAGGUUUCGGAGACAGAGAAGGGCCAGAUUUUAGGGGUCCCAGCCCUCGGAAUAGAGAAGGUCCAGAUGUUCAACAGGCCGGUAUUCAAGGCCGGGGCGGUCCUGGUUUUAGAGGUAUGGGUUCCGAAAAUAGAGAUGGUCCACAUGGUCCGGAUGUCAUACAACCAGGUAUUCGAUGCCAAGACGGUCCUAAUUUUAGAGAUCCAGAUUUGGGUAAUAGAGGACGUCCAGAUUUUAGCGGGGUCAAUCUAAGGAAUAGAGACGGUCGGGAUAGUCAAUCACCAGGCAUUCCAGGUCGAGAUGCUCCCGAUUUUCGAGGUCCAAGUUUCGGAAACAGUCAAGGUCCAGAUUUUAGAGGGCCGAGCUCUCGAAAUAGAGAAAUAGAGGACAUCCCACACCCAGGCAUUCGAGGCCGGGGCCGUCCUCAUUUUAGCGGUCCAGUCUCUGGAAAUAGAGAAGGUCCAGAUUUUCGAGGGACAAGCUCUAGGAAUAGACAAGGUCCAGAUGUCCGACAGCACAGCGUCCAAGGUUGUGACGGUCCUGAUUUUAGAGGUCCAGGUUCCGGAGGUUUCGCAGGUCCAGAUUUUAGAGGCCCGAACCCUAGGCAUAAUGAAGGUCCAAAUAUCCAGCAGCCAGACGUUCGCGAUCGGGACAGUCCUGAUUACAGAGGUCCCGGAAGCAGGGAAGGUCUGGAUUAUAAGGGUCCGAGCCCAAGGAACAGAGACGGUCCAGAUUUUCAACAGCCAGGCAUUCAUGGCCAGGGUCGUCCACAUAGUAGGGGUCUAGUUUCUGGUAAUAGAGAAGGCCCUGAUUUUAGAGGACAUAGCCCCAGGAAUAGAGAAAGUUCUCAUUUUCAACCGUCAGGCAACCGAGAUCGGGAAAACGCUGAUUUUAGAGGUCCAGGUUCCGGGAAUAGAGAAGCUCCUGAUUUUCGAGGGCCGAGCCCAAGGAAUGUAGACGGGCCAGAACGCCACCCAAACGAUUUUAGAGGCCCAGGCAUUGGUAUACAAAAUCAAGAAUUCAGAGGGCCAGAACCCACAAGAGGACGUUUAUCCAGUGAACAAUGUGAGGGACUGAAUUUCAGUGACCAUGUUCGGGGCCAAAGAAUGCCAGAACCCUCGGGUUUUUCAGGUCGAGAUCCUAAAAGGCAACUUUUGGACAGGGACAGACCACUAACAGAAGGAAGGGGCCCGAGACAAACACUCGACAUGGACCCAUGUGCCGAAGGCUUAGAGCCUGGUGUGAGAAUGGAAGAUGGACCUGCUUUUGGGAAAAAUGUCUUCGAAAGACCCAUGAUGGAAGAUCCAACAAUAAAUAGGUGCCAACCCUCACAUGUCGAUCUACAAACAAAUGACUCCGAUUGUAACGGGAGAGAAUUUGAAUGUCCGAGAUUUAAAGGGGUUGGACAGGAAAGGGGGUCUUUGAACAGCGCCAGACGAGGUCGAAGAUAUGGCAUGGGACCUUUCAACGAUGAGGAAUUUGUCCCGGAUGGUUCAUUGGGGCUUCAAAGACAUUCCAGCAGGCAGGGAUGGGAAGAAGGGGAAUUUGUUUCCAAUCGUGUUCAAGAAAGGUCCGAACAGACUUCUGAACCUUUCAGACCACAUUCAAACUACAGAGGUUUUGGUCCACAGAGGGGAAAUAACAGAGGACGUGGUCGUCAUCCCGUUCACAGAGGAUCGGGACCAGAGUCAAGGAACUUUGACUGUGAGACGCACUGGCCUGAUGUGGAAGGGCAAAUAACUGAAGGACAAGUCGAUAAAUUUAGACGUGACGAUCGAGGUCCUAACAAGGAGGGCAGAUUUGAGCAAAACAAAGAGAAAAACUGGGGGCAUCCUGGAAAUAGAGGAAACAGGUCCUCCCGCGGCAGGUUUCCUGCCAAUAUGGGACAUUCAAGAGACGAAUGGAGGGGUAUCGACGACAGGGGGGCGAGACCAUCCCAUGGCGGCGAUUCAGACCGGUUUGGUGCCGAGCGUUUCAGAGUGGAGGGAGCUUUUGAGCCAGACAGCCAGGGUGACUGCGGAGUCCCCAGACCUGAUCGUAGAAGACAACUGGGGCCACAGUCCAAGUUCCGCGGAAAUCCUCAACAGCAAGCAGCAUAUUUGGCUCACAGAGCUGCUCUGCUGCCCACACCAAAAGGCCCCCCGUGUUUACCGAGUCACAUGGUCAACAGACGUUGAUGCACGUGGUCGCAUCAAAAUGUGACUAGAUUGAAAGUGUUGACAAUGAUCUGGCACAUGACGAAAAUGUUUCAGACUUUUGUUUUAAAUGUGACAUGACUGUUAUCUCCAUGUAAAUAUAAGUGUAUAGCAUUUGUUUAAAAAGACAACCUGAAGAUUUUGUUGUCAGUUUUAUGUUUGUUCUUAUGGAGUGGUUCGUCAAGAAAGUAAUCUACCAAUAAAACGAUUCUUUAUUUCUAA